GUUUUUAUCCAACCAGAAAACUGGGGAAGGACGCAAGAGGAAAAUCGCUUUCGUGAACGAGAAGUGUUUCUAUUCCGUUUAUAUCCAGUCUGUCAGCCCCGUCAAAAUUUCUCCCAACUUUUCAGCUCUUUUUUCUCUGGAAAAAUUUUCUCUCGUUCUUGCAUUGGUUUCUUCCAUUUUCCAUUUUUCUUUCAGUUCAAGAAGAUAUAUUCAUGGGGAAGAUGAAGUGCUUCAAGGAUGAGUUCACUUUUGAGGAACGUCUGAAGGAGUCACAGAGUAUCGCAGCAAAAUACCCGGAUCGAGUACCUGUAGUAAUUGAGAAGUAUUCUAGAACAGACCUCCCUGAAUUGGACAAGAAGAAAUAUUUGGUUCCUCGAGAUAUGUCCAUCGGGCAGUUCAUAUACAUUUUGAGUAGCAGGCUACAUUUGCCUCCUGGGAAGGCUUUGUUUAUAUUUGUAAGGAACACGCUACCUCAGACUGCGAGUCUCCUGGAUGCCGUCUACAAUGCUUACAAGGAUGACGAUGGAUUUCUCUACAUGUGUUACAGCAGUGAGAAAACAUUUGGCUAGUUUAGGUACUUGAUCGGUCAUCCUUGUAAGUAUUUGCAUUCAAUUUGGUAGAGAAAUAAACGAAAUCUUAAGAUUAAAUAAUUGUCUAAUGGUGCGGAGUUUGGGUUGUUUAGUCUCAAGACGUAGAUUCAAAUAUCUGCGCCAACAUGUAAUGAAAAACUUGUCUGACUGGACAGUAGAAAUCCUCAUGUAAAUUAUUCAUUGUAAUCUUAAUGAAGUUUACUACUGUAAUAAUGGUAAGAAUUCAAGAGAGUGCAUCAGAGCCAAUUGUAACUUGCAAUUGACUAAGAAAGAACAUGAUUUUCAAAACA